AAUGAAGGUCCUCAUACUCGUUUCCGUCCUCGCCACCGUCGCUCUGGCCAAACCCGGCGUUUUCCACGGAGGAGUUCCCGUCGCCUACGGUUACGUCGUUCCCGGCGCCCCCGUCGGACCCGACGGACGCGUCGUCGACACCCCCGAGGUCGCCGUCGCCAAGGCCGCGCACACCGCUGCCCACAUAAACGAGAAGGUCACCCUGGCGAACGAGGCCGUCAAGUCGGCCGACGUCGUCGCCGUCGCUGAUCCCGCCGUCCCUUCCACCUACUUGGCACCCGCGGUUCUUCCCACCGUGUACGCCGCUCCCGUCGGAUACGCUCACGUCGUUCCCGGCGCCCCCGUCGGACCCGACGGACGCGUCGUUGACACCCCGGAAGUCGCCGUCGCCAAGGCCGCGCACACCGUCGCCCACAUAAACCAGAAGGUCACCCUGGUCAACGAGGCUGCCAAGAACUUCGCCGCCCCCGCCGUCGUCUCCGCUUUCGGCGUUUACCCCGCAGCCCCCGCCCUGGCGUAUUCCAGAUACGUAUUGUGAACUAGCGCGUCGACUCGUUUUGCACCCCA